AAUAGUUUACAUGUUUCUGCUAUGAGACUAAUGAAGUAGAGAGAUCUAGAUUUUUUUCUAGACCUUUAGAUCUAGAAGCUAGAUCUAUCUAUUCAAAUUAUUUCUAGAUGCUAGAUCUUACCCAAAAUGAAGUGAAGGUGAGAACUUACAUUGAAUUCUUUUGCUAUGGCCCAACGUAGAAGUGACGAUUUAAAUCUGAGUCUUACAGGAUCUCAGUUAUCUUUAGCCUCUGCUAGAUCUAGCUUGAAUCAUGCUGGCUCUGUUCACAGUAAACGUGCUAAUUCAAUGGUGGAUAUUCGUCCUAAAAAGGUCACAAAGGAUGCUAAUAAUGGUUCAGAAGAGGCUAGAACAAGCAGAAGAGGCUCACUAAAAGGUGAAUCACCUUUAUGCAGUCAAAGAAGUUCUGCCAGUCAAUCUUCAUCUCAGUUAGCCAGUGGCAACCCCAGCAGAAAUGGUGCUCAAGCAGAUGAAUUCCUAAUGUUGUUUGAAAGCUCCACCAACCCUAAGAUAAAACAGUCUUUAAAUGGCACCAGUACAAAAAUGCAGAGAUUAAAGACACCAGUGGGCACUAGCAAAACAAUAAAAAAUGGAUUGAAAACUAACCCAGUGAUUGCCAAGCCUGCUUGGGCUUCAAAACCCACAUCAGGAAACACAACAGCAAGAUCAGAAGAACCUCAUAAUAUAUUCCGUCCAGCUUCAGCGCAGAGCACUGAUGAACUUUACACCCCCCAUCACAUGAUGGAUGAUUUCGGCAAUGCCCUGUCCAGUUCCAUCAACAAGUUACAGAAUCUCCAGAACCAACUGUCUGGUGUGAACCGGCAAGAUGGCAACACAAAUGGGAACAAUUUAGCCCUGGACAGCUUCAGGUCCACAGAUACCCUAACACCUGGAGAUAGUUCCCCACCUCUUGUCAUAAAGAGCUCUGUUGAUGAUUUUAUACAAGAUAUAAUGGAUAGAACACCACGCCAUGAUAAAGACUGGGAUGUACUAAACAGCAGUAGAUCAAUUCAGUCUUCCAAAAGCUCUGGAAGGAGAGCAGAGGGCGUUGAAAAUUUUGGGCCUGUUUCUUUGGCUAAUAAUAUAAGUCGGCCGGGGCAGAAACAAAAAGAAAAGGCCACUUUAUCGUCCAUGGAGAACUCUUACCAAAACAUCAAACACAAAACUCCUGUUAAUCAGGUUAGGGACAGCACAGAGUCUUCAGGUCAGUCACGUAGCUUACGAAGCGAUUCAAAAACAUCUCAGCCAAGCAAUGUACAGAACAAAACCUUUAAGCAUAAGCCUGGAUCUAAUAAAGACUCUUCUAAAAUGCAAAAUGUGGAGGAUUACAUUGGGCUGUUCAAUGCUUCUGCUCUAAAAAUACAGAAGUGGUACAGAAGACACAAAACCAGACGUGCCGCUGCAGAAGCUGCCAUUAGAAGGCUCUUGAGUCAAAAGAAACAGGAUCUGGAUCAAAAACUCUCCCAGUCAGUAUCUGGGACAGAGGAGGAAAAAUCUCAAGCUAGAUCAAAAUUACGUGAAGAGAAAACUAGAGAGGCUAGACAACAAGCUAUAAAAGAUCUGAAGAAGAAGAGAGAAGAGCACAAAUUGGAAGUCAAACAGUUAGCUGAAGAUAGCAUUAGGUUUCUACAAGCUACAGGUAAAAUUACCAAAGGUCCAUCAAAAGGCCCCCUGAGUAAGAAAAAGAAAAUGCCCCAAGAAACUGAGCACAAAGAUGGAGAGUCAUCAAGAGACUUGGCUGGCCAGAAUGCAACUGUUUUAUCUCCACGCUCUGAUGGUCAGAGUUCUGCUGUUGUUAAAGAUGAGACUGAAACAGAGGGAGCCUUUGGUGGCACAGAUGUUAACACCAACACACGCACCACACUGGAAGACCUGUACAGCACACUGAAGAAACUGGAAGAGGAAGAAAACUUCCUCACUGCUCGCUCAGAAAAAAGUCCAUCUUGGUUGCAUGAAUUGGAGAAAAGUCAAGAAGGGGAACUUGAAUCAAACUUGACAGCUGAAAAUUUGCAGAAACUCAAUUCUAGGAAAGAUGGGCUUUCAAAAAGUGGCUUUCUCACUGAUGACAAACUUAAAAGUAUUAUAGACUUCCUUGAUGAAGUACAAGUCACUGACAGAUUAAGUGAAAUAGAUACAGAAAUCAGCCGGCUGAAUGAGGACUUAGAAAAGCCAGCCCUACUGGUGCCCUCAGCCUCAGAGAUUGCCCAGAUUGAGCAAGCCCAGGCUACAGCUUCUGAGGUCACCAGCACUGUCCUGUCUCAGAGGUUGGAACUGGAUGAGAAGAAGAGAACUGUUUCUAUGCUGCAGAAAGCUUUGAACCAGCAACGAGAGCUUACUGUCAGGCAUGCCCGAGAGACAGAAAAGGAAAUGAAAAAGAGGCUGGAUAUUCAGAAAGAAGAGUAUGAAGAGGCUAUUAGAAGACAUUUGUCAUUUAUUGAUCAGCUGAUAGAUGAUAAGAAAAACAUGGGAGAGAAAUGUGAAAAACUUCUGACAGAACUCAAGACUGUUGACAAAAAAUAUCAGGACAAAAUCAAAUCUCUUGAAUCAAAUCAUGCUAUUGAGAUGACCAAGCUCAAGGAAGUGCAUGCUGCAGCAGAGAAGCUGAGGAGAGAAAAAUGGAUUGAAGACAAAACUAAAAAAAUAAAGGAAAUGACAGUGAAAGGUCUAGAACCAGAGAUCCAGCGCCUGAUAGCCAAACACAAAAGUGAUCUGAAGAAAAUCAAGCAAAUCCACGAGGCUGAGUUGUUGGAGUCUGAUGAGAGAGCAGCACAGAAGUAUGUUAAAAUGACAGAGGAACUGAGGGACCAGCUGGCAGCUGAGAAAGAGGCAGCUAUCGCCAGGGAAAGGGAAUCUGCUAAACUAAGGUAUGAGAAACAAAUGCAGCAUGAAGAAGAAGCUUACCAGCAAAAACAGAGGCGUCUGUACCAGGAGGUUCAGGAAGAAAAGGAGCGCCUGGCCACCACGUCGUCACGUCAAAGAGCUGAGCUUGAGAAACUACAACGGCAGCUGGAAGAUAAUCAUCGGCAUGCUCUUGAAGCAAUGAAAGAGGAGUUUGAUAAGACUAGAGAUGAACAGGAAAAGCGACAUAAGGCAGAGAUAAAAAUGCUGCAGGAGAAGUUGAAGGUUGAGAAAGAGUCUUGGGAAGAAAAUUAUAUGAAGCGCCAUGAGACAUGGCUGGUACAGAAGGAGAGGGAAUUGAGGGACCAGAUAAAGAAGGAAAGAGACAAGGAGAUUGAGUUGGUUAUUGAAAGGCUAGAAGAAGAUGCAUCAACAACUAGAGAAGAAAAUGAAAGAACUACAGAACAAAAGAUCAGGAGGAUCAGAGAGAAAUUUGAAACUGAGACAAGAGAGCUGGAGCAGUCAGAAAGGAAAGCUGUUCAGAGAUACAAUGAGAUCAAGGCUAAAAUGACAGAAGUUGAAGGAGAAAAUGAAAGGCUUAAAGUUAUUAUCAAGCAAAAGGAACAGGAAAUAUUUGAUAACAAAAAACUACUGGAGAAAAUGCAUUCUGAGCGCAGCCAUGUCUCUGACAUAAUUCGUCAAGAGUUUGCAGAUAGAAUUGUGGCUACAGAUGAAGAAAACAAACGUAUAAAGCAUGAGAUUUCAGAGCUGAGAGCUAGGCACCGUAUUGAGUUGGAAAAGGCACAGAGAGAUAUGGAGGAGUUAAGAAAAACUAAGGAUGAAGAGAUGGAAGAGGUCCACAAGAGAGUGAAGCAAGCAAUAGUUAAAAAGGAAGAGGUUGUGAAUCAGCUGAAGCAGCAGUACCAAGCAGCCAAUAAAAGAGCAGAUCACUUGGAAGGUUUACUAGAGCAACAACGCAAGCAGCUGUUAAAUCAUAAAUAAUUUAAUUAUUUUUAACUUUUAAUGAACGGUAAUGAUUUGCUACAUAAGCAUUUCCACUUAUUUAUUCCAUGCCAAGUUUUUUAAUUAGCAUUAUUUUGAAGAGAGAAAAAAACCUGUUAAAUCAUUAUGGGUUAGAGAAAGUUUACAAUCCAUGACAGAGAAAGGAGUUUGUGUGGUGCAGCACUUAUGGCCAGUACAAUGUCACCAUCUGCCUCCCAACUAAAACAAGUUAUCUAUCGAAACUCGAUAGAGAAACCCGAUAGAUUAUGUUGACGGUGGUCAUCACUUAACACUUAAGUUAGAGGAAAAGUACAUUCUAACCAUUGGAUAACCUGUUUUCCAGCCCAGUAAGAAAACUUUAAAAAAUAAUGUGUUAUUAAUUAGUUAAGAUGGUUGCUUAACUUCUUAGGCCACCAUACUGAACGAUUGUUUUUGAGCUUAGAAUUUCAUACACCCCUCCCCUGUGAGCACCUUUUAGCUUCCAUUUUUGCCAGAAUAACAUACCAAGUAUUGGUUUAGUUGCAUUUACUUUGUUGCUUAAGUUUUUUUUUAAUCUUUUUUUUAAAACCUAUAUUUAAUACUAAAAUCUGAAGUAUUUCAUGUAUUUAUUUUGGUAUAGCAAGACCAAUACCAAAAAUAUAUUUAAAUUUUUUUUUAAAUGUUUUUUUUUUUAAUUUUUAAAAAUCUUUUAGGAUUUAUGACAAAUUGAAUGUAACUGUUAAUGAAUUAAGACCAAACAGUUGUUUUUUAACCUUACUGAAGACUCAUUUCAUUUAUCAAGUUGAAUGCUUGGGCUUUUGUUUUAAAUUUUGUAUUUUUUAAUGUAAAUGCAAUUUCAUGUCUAUGUGCUACGGCUUAAAGUAUUAUUUACAUUCUUUGUUUAUGAAACUCGAGUCUUUAAAAAACCCACUGUUGUGGUUAGUGUUACUGAGAUUGUUGCCUAUGAAAACAAUAGAACUAUGAAACUGGUACAACCUGGGUCCAUUGUAAUAAUUGUAUCUGACCAGUUAUCUGGUUUACAUUUUAGAUCCAACAGAAUAUUUUUCUGUGAUACACAUUCAUUGUUUAUGAACUGGCUGUAGAAUAGCACAUACUGCAUUAGUAUGCAUGUAUAUAUUCACAUUUGCUUUAUAGAAAGGUUCGUGAGAUAAUGUAAUUUAAUGAUUAUUUAUUGGUGCACUCUGCCACCUGGAGACAUAUCAGUUUCUUCCUUAAUUCCUGUGAUUGAAUAGCUCUAUAAAAACAAUAUUUAAUUUUUUUAAUUGUGUUAUUACAAUUUGCAAUCAUGCCUCUUAAUUUAUGUUUGUGAAUAGUUUUUUCUACAAGUCUGUUAUUUAUUUUUAACCAACAGAUUAGUAGAGCGCUUUUAUACCAUGCACCAACAUCUUUUUUAUACAAUGGAAAAUUUUAUAAAGAAUAUUUGUAUUACACUACUUCUGUCUCAGAAAUGUAAAUUUCCAGCUACUUAACUUUAAAAGCUUUGUGCUAUUUAUAAACUGAACCUCAAUAAAUAACUAUA